AUGCACGUUUGAUGGUUUUUGUCUGCUAUGGCUAGAGUAUCUUUUAUUAGCAACGAAGAUUUGUCAAAGCUUUGUGUGUGUGUUUUCUUAUUUAUGUUUUACAAUUGGGUCAAUAAAAUAAAAUGAUUAUCUGUAAUACAUGUGAUGCAAGCAACGUUGAGGCUCUUGUAUUUUUUUCAUUAUAUUAUGUGAUUAAGGCCACGUACUGUUACGUAUUAUCUGCUGACGCUUCUUUGAUGAAGUAGAAUAAGAAGUAAUAGGACGACUUUUGGGAUCCAAAGAGAGCUCAUCGUCUCAAAAAAUUUGGGAGCAGCAAUCUAGUUUUGGUCAACCAUGAACAUGAAUCAAGUUUCAGAGUAUGUGGAAACCGAUCCAACUGGUCGCUAUGGACGUUUUGCUGAAGUUCUUGGAAGGGGAGCUAUGAAAACAGUGUACAAAGCAAUCGACGAGAUGCUGGGGAUAGAAGUAGCGUGGAGCCAGGUGAAGCUAAAAGAGGUUCUACGUUCUUCUGUUGAUCUACAGAGGCUCUACUCAGAGGUUCAUCUUCUCAGCACUCUAAACCACAAAUCUAUCAUUCGUUUCUACACUUCCUGGAUCGAUGUUCAUUCCCAUACUCUCAACUUCAUCACCGAGUUGUUCACUUCUGGGACCCUCCGACAAUACAAAAACAAGUACUUGCGGAUAGAUAUUCGAGCAAUCAAGUCAUGGGCUCGGCAGAUCUUGGAAGGGCUUGUUUAUCUCCACGGCCACGACCCUCCUGUGAUCCAUAGAGACCUUAAGUGUGAUAACAUCUUUGUUAAUGGCCAUCUUGGUCAAGUCAAAAUAGGCGAUCUUGGUCUUGCAAGAAUGCUCCGGGACUGCCACGCCGCCACUAGUGUCAUCGGCACUCCCGAGUUCAUGGCUCCAGAACUAUACGAGGAGAACUAUAAUGAACUCAUUGACGUUUAUUCCUUUGGUAUGUGCUUUUUGGAGAUGAUCACCUCUGAGUUCCCGUAUAGCGAAUGCAACAAUCCAGCGCAGAUUUACAAGAAAGUUGUCGCGGGAAAGCUACCAGGAGCGUUUUACAGAGUUGAAGACAUCGAGGCACAGAGAUUCAUCGGGAAAUGCCUUGUGCCUGCCUCAAUGAGAGUAUCAGCAAGAGAACUAUUGCAAGAUCCAUUUCUCGCGUCUGACGAAUCAUGGAUGGUUUACGCGAGUGGUGCUAGGAAUCUGAAGCCCUUCUUGAACGAGAAUGAAAUGGAUAGAUUGAAGUUGGAAGACGAUGAAACUGGGGAGCUGGACUCUGAAGAUAACAAAUUCUAUUUGAAGUUACCAAUCGCAAAUGAAAAUGGUCUAGCAAAGAACGUGUCCUUCUGCUUUGACAUCAUGAAUGAUACUUCCAUUGAUGUAGCAACGGAGAUGGUGAAAGAACUGGAGAUCACAGAAUGGGAUCCGGUGGAGAUUGCUAAAAUGAUUGAUGGAGAGAUCUCUUCUCUGGUCCCUGGUUGGAGGUCGGAGGAAGAUGAUGAAUCUCCUCAUGAUUAUCAUACUCCUUUUCACUCUUCUUCCUCGCCUUCAUCCUCUCGAGCUUCACUCUCUAACUAUAUGGCUCCAGGCCGUCAAGAUUGGCUACAAGAUGAUUUUCACGAUGAGACGUAUUCUCAGAGUUCUUCAAAUUCAGGGUCUUACUCCAACCUCAACUACAUAUCUGUAGAUGAGCACAUCUCCUCCCAACCUCCAGCUAUGAACAGAACUCACAACGUGACAAGGUUUUGCCCUGAAGAAAGCUAUCAUCUCCAUUCAGGACAAGCCAACAUGUAUGCAGCUUCUUCUAGUUCAAGUAACUUGAGACUGGCAUCAGACAACCGCGUGCUCACGAGGAACCGCUCGCUUGUAGACGUGCAGGGACAGUUGCUGCAUCGGUCGCUGGUGGAGGAGGCUAGAAAAAGAAGGUUGAUCAAAACUGUUGGAGACGUUGAGAACGUUGGGUUUCAGUCGCCUUAUGCUGUUUCCAGGAAGCCACGGAGCUCAAGGCGCUAAGCUUCUCUCACUUUUUAGUUUUUAUUCAUGUAAUGUCUAUAGUAAUAAUGUGGAUAAACAAACUUGCUGGUUUCAAAAUGUAAAAAGGUUACAUGUGUGUUUCAAUAAAGUUGUUUGGUUUUACUUUUA